AUGGCGACCCGGAAGACGAAGAAGGCACCUGCUGCCUGGCUCGUGGCGGCAAGGAAGGCUGGCACAAAUCUCCAGGACGUCCGGCUGCUCCUCAAGAUCCGUGAUGGAAUACAGGAUGACGCCUGGGUCGCUGCCGCACAGGUGGAUCCAAAAUGGAAGUUGCGCGGGCAGACGGCACUGUACUUUGCCGCUGCACGGGAGGACGCAGUGGACGCCGAGAAGAUCUCUCGAUUCCUGAUGAGUCGAGUGCGCGUGCCGGCAACAAAGAGAGAUGACUGGGGCCAAAGCCCUCUGUUCUUCGCAGCUAGACAAGGACACACAGCGCUGUGUGCGUACUUCGUUGAGAAGUUGGGCAUGAAUGUCCAUCAAGUGGACAGGUGGGGGGAAACUCCCAUGUUUUAUGCGAUGGAAGCCAAGAAGACCGAGACGGUCAUAUACCUGCUGAAGAAGGGUGCUUCGCUCGGGGUGAACAACCACAACUUCGAGUCGCCAGAGAGCCUUGCACCGGUGGAGGUGGCUCGCGAGCUGCAGGUCCGGAUGAAGGAGUGGGCCGAGCCCUCAAAGGCUCCGGAGCGGUCGGGAGACACAAAGAAGAGAAAGAGGCCGGAUGAGGAGGAGGUUGAGGAGCAAGGAUCAGCCGCAGAGGGACCCCGUGCGCUGCAGGAAUGGGCGGCAAAGCCCGCGAAGUUGCCGCGGAACUGGAAAACCCAGUUGGCUCGGGAGAAGCUCAAAGGAGAGCCAAAAGUCAUCGCUGACACGUUUACACACAAGGUGACACUGGUGACCAGCGACGCCCUGGAGGAGGUCCGCCUGCUGGAAAAGACGCUCGUGGCGGACCAGGCUGUCCUGUUCAAGAAGAAGCUGUUCGUCCGGUCGUGCAGGGCGGCCGACUUCUGCUUAGCACUGGGAGCCUAUGAGAAGGAUGGCCAGUUUUUUGCUGAAUACUCUCACAUUGUCGCGAAUCGCGGCAAAGUUGGCUCUCUCGUGCUGGUGGCUCGGGACAAAAUGACCGGGCGCAUCGUAGGCUUCGUCCACGCCGAGAAGGCCAAAAAAGAAUUGCUGAUUGGCCACCUCAAGGUGCACAAUGACCAUCAGGGCAAAGGCGUAGGAACGCUGUUGAUCCGCGCUGCCGAGGCUCAGGCGUUGACCGCAGGAUGGGCUUUCGACUCCGUGGCGGUACGUGUCCUACACGUGAACUCGCCAGCGCAGCAAAAAUUUUUCCGAAUGGGUUUCGACAUCUUCGACGAGCCGGCACCCGAGACGACAAUGAGCAUGCUCUCGAUGUGCGUGAAGAUGGUCCGCCGUGCUCAGCAUGCCCCUGAAGCGCCAAAGGAGAAGAUCAAGAUCGAGCCAUAUGUGCAAACGGCUUUGGCGCCGUGGCACUACAAGGGGCUGCGCGUGAGAAAAACGAUCCGGUGCUGCCGCAUGGUGGAGCCUCCUAAACGGGACGAUGACUCCGCGACGGAUCCGGAGAUGCCUGAGUUGAUCCCGGUCACGCCGAAUUGGUUGUACUCACCGCGGGCUCCCAAGCUGUGCAGGGCAUCGACUUUUGAAUUUUCUGCCGACUUGGAUGUUUCAAGUUCAAGUUUCACUGACCUUGCCGAAAAGAUGGGACAGCGCCGCAAGUUCGGACUAUUGCUAAUUGCGCUGGAUGGGGCGUUGAGCGCAGGAUGGGCUUUCGACUCCGUGGCCGUGCGUGUCCUGUACGUGAACUCACGUACAGGAAUGGGUUUCGACAUCUUCGACGAGCCGGCACCCGAGACGACGAUGAGCAUGCUCUCGAUGUACCUUCGCCAGCACCAGUACAGUGCAAACGGCUUUGGCGCCAUGGCACUACAAGGGACUACAUGUGCCGCAUGGUUGAGCCCCCAAAACGACGAUGAUUCUGCGACGGAUCCGGGGAUGCCUGAGUUGAUCCCGGACACCCAGUAUUGGUGCAGGGCAUCGACUUUUGAGCCUUCCACCGACUUGGAAGUUUCAAGUUUCACAGACCUUGCCGAAAAGAUGGGGAAGCGCCGCCAGUUCGGACUAGUGCUGAAGGCACUGGGUGAGGUCGUGCCAGGGGAACGAGAACUGUCACCUCUUAGUGACCAAGAGCAGAACAGGAAGGGUGGCACCUCCCGUCAGGAUCCGGCGACGCUGGUCACCACCGACGCCCUGGAGGAGGUCCGAGGCCUGGAAGAGACGCUCGUGGCCGACCAGGCCGGCCUCUUCAAGAAGAAGCUCUUUGUCCGGUCGUGCAGGGCGGCCGACUUCUGCUUAGCACUGGGAGCCUAUGAGAAGGAUGGCCAGUUUUUUGCUGAAUACUCUCACAUUGUCGCCAAUCGCGGCAAAGUUGGCUCUCUCGUGCUGGCGGUGGCCAAUCAGCAGCUCUUUUUUGCCCUUUUCGGCGUGGACGAAGCCUACGGUGCGCCAAGCAGAAGCCUGCCGCCCUGCACGACCGGACGAAGAGCUUCCACGUCGUCUCACGCAGACAAUCGCGAGAAAGAGCUGGUGAUUGGCCACCUCCUCAAGGACGUCCGGCUGCUCCUCAAGAUCCGUGAUGCAACACAGGAGGAAGCCUGGGUCGCCGCCGCGCAGGUCGACCCAAAGUGGAAGUCGCGUGGGCAGACGGCGCUGUACUUUGCCGCUGCACGGCAGGAUCCAAUCGAAGCCGAGAAGAUGUGUCGAUUCCUGAUGAGACGAGUGCGCGUGCCGGCAACAAAGAGGGAUGACUGGGGCCAAAGCCCUCUGUUCUACGCAGCUAGACAAGGACACAAAGAGCUGUGUGCAUACUUCGUCGAGAAGUUGGGCAUGAGCGUCCAUCAGGCAGACAAGUGGGGCGAGACCCCCAUGUUUUACGCGAUGGAAGCGAAAAAGACCGAGACGGUCAUAUACCUCCUCAGGCAGGGUGCGUCGCUCGGAGUCAACAACAAGGGCUUCCAGUCCCCAGAAAGCCUCGCACCGGUUGAGGUGGCUCGCGAGCUGCAGGCCCGGAUGAAGGAGUGGGCCGAGCCAUUGAAGGCCCCGUCUUCGCAGCCACAGCCGGCAGACUCAAAGAAGCGCAAGAGGCCGGAUGAGGAGCAGAUGGAGGAGGCUCAGGAGCAAACAUCAGCUGCGGAAGGACCUCGAGCACUUCAGGAAUGGGCAGCAAGACCUGCGAAGUUCCCAAGGAAUUGGAGGACCCAACUGGCACGGGAGAAGCUGAAAUGCAAGCCGGAAGUCAUCGCUGAAAGCUUCACUCACAAGGUCACGCUCGUGACCACCGACGCCCUCGAAGAGGUCCGAGGCCUCGAAAAGACACUCGUGGCCGAGCAAGCCGACCUCUUUAAGAAGAAGCUAUUUGUCCGGGCGUGCAGGGCUGCCGACUUUUGCUUGGCCUUGGGGGCCUUUGAAAAAGAUGGCGCGUUCUUUACGGAGUAUUCCUUCAUUGUCGCCAAUCGAGGGAAGGUCGGCUCGCUGGUGCUGGUUGCUCGGGACAAAAAGACCGGGCACGUCGUAGGCUUCGUCCACGCCGACAAGGGCGAGAAAGAGCUUGUGAUUGGCCACCUCAAGGUGCACAAUGAUCAUCAGGGCAAAGGUGUGGGAACCCUGUUGAUCCAGGCUGCCGAAGCUCAGGCAUUGAGUGCGGGAUGGGAUUUCGAAUCCGUGGCCGCACGUGUUCUGUACGUGAAUUCGAAAGCGCAGCAGAUCUUCUUCCGAAUGGGUUUCGACAUCCACGACGAGCCGGCACGCGAGACGACGAUGAGCAUGCUCUCGAUGUGUGUCAAGAUGACCCGCCGUGCUCAGCAUGCCCCUCCAGCGCCAAAGGAGAAAAUCAGGAUCGAGCCAUAUGUGCAAACGGCUUUGGCCCCGUGGCACUACAAGGGACUCCGUGUGAGAAAGAUGGUGAGGUGUUGCAGAAUGGUGGAGCCUCCUAAACGGGACGAUGACUCCGCGACGGAUCCGGAGAUGCCUGAGUUGAUCCCGGUCACCCCGUAUUGGUUGGACACACCGUCCCCCGAAGAAUUCGUCCAGGUGCAGGGCAUCGAUUUCUGA